UGGUUCACGUCGGCGACGACAACGCAAUCCAUUUGUACAUAAUCCGAUCCCAAUAAUCGAAUUAACUAAGAAAAGGAUAAUUCGACAUGUCGUCGUCCCUUGAACUUGUCGGCAAGAAGAUUGGCCCUAUCGGCUUCGGCCUGAUGGGCUUUACCUGGCGAGAGAGCCCCCCACCACAGGAGCAGGCAUUUGAAGCGAUGCGUGCCGCUAUCGCCAACGGCUGUACGUUCUGGAACGGAGGCGAAUUCUACGGACCUCCAGAGUACAACAGCAACGUCCUUCUUGAGCGAUACUUUGAGAAAUACCCCGAAGAUGCCGACAAGAUCGUUCUCAGCAUCAAGGGUGGUGCGGACCUCAAGACCAUGAAGCCCGAUGGUACCCCGGAGGGUGUUCGUCGCACCAUCGAUCACACCAUCAAGCAACUCAACGGCCGCAAGAAGCUCGACAUCUUUGAAUACGCACGUCGUGAUCAGAAUGCCGACUUCAAGCUCACUCUCGACACCGAAAAGGCCGAAUAUCUUGACACUGGCAAAGUUGGCGGAAUUUGCUUGUCCGAAGUCCGAGCUGAGACCAUUCACGAGGCGGUCAAGCACAUCAAGGUUGUGGGUGUCGAAGUCGAGUUGUCUCUCUUCCAAACCGAAGUCCUCGAGAACGGAGUCGCAGAUGCUUGCGCUAAAUACAACAUCCCGCUCAUCGCCUACUCUCCCAUCGGCAAGGGCAUGCUAUCAGGCAAAAUCCGCACCGUCGAUGACAUCAAGGGCUUCGAAAUGCUCAAGCACUUCCCACGCUUCCAGCCAGAGAACCUUGCCACCAACCUAAAGCUUGUCGAACAAGUCGAGGCCAUGGCCAAGAAGAAGGGCUGCACCCCGGCGCAGCUGGCUAUCAACUGGACCAUUGCGUUAGGGCGCCGUCCGGGCAUGCCAGUUAUCAUCCCAAUUCCUGGUGCGACGACCGUGGAGCGAGUCGAGGAGAAUAGCAAGUUGAUCGACAUCACGGAUGAGGAGAUGGCGGAGAUUGAUGAGACGUUGAAGAACUUCACCACUGCGGGUGCGCGUUACCCUGACCAUGUUCCCACCGACACGUGAGGACGUGAAUACGCGGAGGAAGUGGAAGGACGCCCCGGGAAUGGCCAGAUGUGGGACUUCUGAAGCAGAACGGAAUUCAGUUCUAAAUAUGACAGUAUGCUAGCGUUCAGUAUCAUGAGUAUAACUAAUUGAGCAAUCAUCCUCAAAGCAUUGCAGCUCAGGUUUGUAUGGCAACUUGAUCCUCUCGCGCACUUGCUGUCAACCGUUGACUGCCGCACCGGAGAUCGUCACGGUAAUCGUAGACGUUCGGCAAAAUUAUUUCAUGAUUUUCGAGAAAGAUCCUUUCCAGAUGUGUGAUGGGUACAAAAAUCCCCAAACGCCAAGUUCUUUUGCAUGCCAUAGCGACGACAAUAUUCUUCAUGUGACGUACGAAAACAUCCCCAGC